AUGGGUAGACGGCCCCCAUGUUGCGAUAAAUCACAUGUGAAGAAAGGUCCAUGGACAACCGAAGAAGAUGCCAAGAUUCUUGCAUAUGUUGCUAACCAUGGCAUUGGCAAUUGGACUUUGGUUCCUCAAAAAGCAGGUUUGAAUCGAUGUGGGAAAAGUUGCAGGUUGAGAUGGACGAAUUAUCUGAGGCCUGAUCUGAAGCACGAUAGCUUCACCGCUCAUGAAGAAGAUCUCAUUUUGCGCUAUCAUCAAGCUAUAGGUAGCAGGUGGUCUCUGAUAGCGAAGCAACUACCAGGAAGAACAGAUAACGACGUCAAGAAUCACUGGAACACGAAAUUGAAGAAGAAGCUUUCUAAAAUGGGGAUCGAUCCCAUCACCCACAAGCCCUUCCGUCAACUUCUUUCCGAUUAUGGAAACAUCAACGAGAUCAUCCCAAAAAACACCACGAUUUCCGACCACCGACAUCACGAACCCUCAGAUUUCUCGCGUGCUGACAGUUCGUUGACCACAAUGGACCCGAUGAACCUCCUCACCGCUCAUUUUCAAGUCAUCAAUGAAGCGGCCUCAUCUUCUACAUCAUCACCGGCAACCAAGGUCCAAGUGAAUUUACCAUCUUCUCCCUCCAUUUGGAGCGACUAUCUCAUCGGAGACCAAGAACAAGAAUGCACGAACGAGCCUGAUCUAGGGAUUGUUUCAACAAACGGUGAAAACCCGAAUAAUUACAAUGGGUUAGGGGUAGAUCAGUCAAAGAACACUUUAGAAGUUGCUUCAACUUCGGUUUCUUUUGUGGAAUCCAUCUUAAACCGAGAUCGCGAAAUGCAGAUGGACUUCCCUCAGCUCUUGGACGGAUACUCCGAGUAUUGA